CGUCACAAUCGCUCCUGAGAGCUCGGAAUGUUGAGCGGUUCUGAGGCUCACGCCAAACGCACCCCAACAAUCGGUCAAGUUUUGUUUCUCUCUUAUUUUCAAAUUCAGUACCUGUUGUGCGUCCUUCAGCUGGGUCCCUACAUACUGUUGGGAACCUGCAAUGCAAUACGCCGGGUUAGGCUUGUGGAAAAGGUCUUAUUUUUCUGGACUUCACAAAAUCUGUCCACAUCCUUAGUCAAAACCAAAAAGGAGGAUCAUGUGGGAAUUCGGUCCGAAUGGGAAGGAGUUCUGUUUCGGGGUGAAUAAUGAGCAGUACCGGUGUGAGAUGGGCUACUGUUGUGGAGAGACCGAAUGCUGCACCUACUACUACGAGCUGUGGUGGUUCUGGCUGGUCUGGACCCUCAUCAUCAUGCUGAGCUGCUGCUGUGCGUACCGCCAUCGCCGCGUGAAGAUGCGUCUCCAGCAGGAGCAGCGGCAGCGCGAGAUCAGCCUGAUGGCCUAUCAGGGCGCCUCCAGCUCCUUCAUAGCCCCGCCUCCCCUUAACCUGAGGUUCUGGACGGACUGCAAGCUCCCAGACUACGAAGAGGUGGUCGGUCACCCCCCGACUCCGCCCCCGCCUUAUUCGGAACUUCCCCCAGACGCCCUCCCCACCGCUGCGCCGCCCGCCGGCCAAUCGGAGGCUGCCGUGGUGCUGGAGCCCCCCGUGGGGGCGGGGCCCCGCGGGGAGCCGGCUGCCUAUUCGCCGGGGGCGGCCGAGGGCGCGGCGACUCCGAGCCAAUCGGGAGGAGGGGCGGAGGACGAGGAGGAGGAGGAGGGGGAGGGGCCCGGGGCGCCGUCGUCCACGGAGGAGCAGCUGAUGACUCGACGGAGGCACGUGACCGGCGACUCGGGGAUCGAGGUGUGCGUGUGCCAGCUGGACGAGGCCUCCGGCCCCGAGGAAGAGGAGGAGGAGGAGGCGGAGGAGGAGGACGGUCUGUGCCAGGGGCCGAGGGGUGACUGCUGCUCCCAACGCCUCCCCGACGGGCACAAGCAGUGCCCCACCCAGGGCCAGGCCCAGCCCACCAGCAGCAGCAGCAGCAGCGGGGAUGGGUUGGUCUGAGGAGCUCCUCCCACGAUCGUAGUGACUUAGCAACAGGGGAGGGGGCGGGGUGGGGUGGGGUUGGGUUGGGCAGGGCAGGGGUGCCACCACGUUUGUCAUCAUCAUUAUCCGGAAACCGUGAGGUACUGCCAGGAACUCACCAAAAUGCAACAGCAGGAGCUUCUGCUAGCCAUGAGGAUGAUGUUGAUGUUGAUGAUGAUGAUGAUGUUGAUGUUGAUGACACAAAUGGCAUUUUAUUUCUGAAAGCUUUUUUGUGUGUCUAGGCACUUGAUUGCUUGUUCUGGAGAUUUUGGCCUUUCCAUGGACAGGGAUGAGAGGAAGCAGUCGAGGAUUCUGGGUAGGGGGUAGGAAGAUUCCGUGACACGGAGGGGUGAUUGAUGAUUGGGGCAGGGCAGCUAAAGGGCGUGGUGUGAUGUGUGAUAUUAGUGUGCUUAACGGAAACGGACAUACCAACCCCCAGCUCUUUCUCAUGCCCUCGCCUCAUUGGUGCAAAUCGUCCCAAAAGGGCAUCGCGUCACUUCCUGCCAACCGCGCAAAUUUCCAUGGGAAAACAAAACAAUGCAUGCCGGUAACAAAAAGCGAGAUACUGGUUUUUCAAGAAAAAGAUUUAUGAAAGUGCUUUAUUCAUUUGCCCCACCCUUCUUAUUUCCCCCUCUGCUUGUUGGAGUUUGUUUUAGUGGGAGCGGAGUGGGGUGGGGGUGGGGGGGGGGGUCAUGUGACCCGAGAGCCAUCUCUCUUACUGCGUUGUGUCUGCAACCUUUCUGUCAGUUUACGAUGGGAGGGAGAAGGAGAAAUCGAGAUGAAAUGAAGAAUAUUUAAUAUUUGAUCAAUCGCGCCUCCCUCCCUCCCUCCCAUCUCCUCCCGGGGCUGUGGCCCAGUUACGUUCGCCGCCCCCUGCUGGUCGCGCGUUAUUGGCGCUCCAACACGUGCAGAAUGGGGUCAAAACAGGGCUGGAGGUGCCUGAUACUUAGUGCCAGUUAAAAGCAUUUUAGCGGUAGUAUGCUUCCCGGUUCUUGAUGACAAAAUUUCGGACUGGAAGUCCCUGGUGAGGUGUUUACAGUCAUGGGGUUGGUACGUACUAAAGAUGGGGGAAGUUAUUAGAGAGGCUGCUUGGUCUGUUGUGGAUUGUAAACAUAAUUACCUUCGCUAUCGUUAUUGCUUUUUUUGUUUUUUUCCUUUGAAGCUUGCGCUUGAUUGAUGCCAACAUGGCUGCCGCGUCAGGAGCCGUUUUCCCCCCCUUGGACCGAGGACUUUGGGGCAGUUUUGUCGGCGGCUCUUCCGUCGUCUUUUUUUUUCGUUUUAGGCGUUUGUUCCUCGUGCCUCUCUGUGCUCUCUCUGCGCUCUUUCUGCGUACUGCGACGGGGCAAAUGUUUCAAAAAUGCCAGCCCCGGCUCCUUCAACUUCUGCUGUUGAAUGCGCUGUGUGUGUGUGUGUGUGUGUGUGUGCGUUUGACACCGAGAAACCUGGGCAGAAUUUGUCGUCGGUGAAACACUGGCGUGAAGCGCUUGAGAUUCUUCAUCUUCGCUUCCGCUUCUCUGCUCCUCGAUGCAAGAGUUGGAGUUCACCACGGCUCUAGUGUAGGUCCUGUUCAUUUUGCUUCUUUGCAUAUUUAUGACUUUACAAUCAAAAUGGAGGAGACGUGGGCAUCUGGCGCGGAGGCACAAACCACACAAAUCAAGGUGCUCGACCUUGUUAUUGCGUUGUACGCGAAACAAAGAUGUGGCGUCGCGCAAUAAUAAACGGCUGCCAUCUUUCCUCAAUGCAGGUGGUGUGCCUCCUCUUUGUAUUGUCGGUGUGUCUCCCCGUGUAGCCAGUGCCGAAGCUGCUUUAUUUGUCUGCAAUAAUUCUCGAAGCACAAUAUCAUUCAGCCUGAUUUGAAGAGCACAGGCUGUAUUGCCCACAAGCAUGAUGGGAUUUUUGUGACGUGGCAACAAUAGAAAUGAAAAAGAAUUGAUAGUGUGGAAGUAAGGGGCGCAGAGGUGAUUCGAGUUAAGUCGGUCACCAUUAAUCUGUAUGAUUAAUUUGUGUUGCGUCGCUGUUGGAACAGAAGAAAUUUGCGCGCUUUUAUGUUUUGUGGACAUAAAAACGUGCAAAACGUACGCCGCCUGGGUUCGUUGCUGAGAAACGGCCGCUGGCCAUCUCUGUAAAGCGAUGCACCUAGUGUGAGAACUGCGGCAGCUCCAAAGAGGUGUGCGUGUGUGUGCGUGUGUGCGCAUGCGUGCGUGUGCGCGUGCAUGCGUGUGUGUGUAGAGAGCUGCCAGGUGUGCGAGUUCUCGCGUUUUUGUCAGCUGUUCUCCUGAGAACAGAACGGUUCUUUUGCUCUCCUGGUGUUCUGGACCUGAGAACAGCAGGUGCUCUGAUUUUUAUCCGUGUGUGUAGGGAGUACAUGUGUGUGUUGUGCGUAUGUAGAGCUGGUCACUUUUACCUUGUAACCGAGUUCACUGCUGAAGCUGCUUUAAAAUGGUCGAGUGAAAUUUGACUCCCGGUGUUUUGCAUUUUUAAUUUUCACGGUCUAUAUUGACAACGGUGACCAGUGCUUUUUCAGUUAAGCUACCUAAAACCCCCUCAAAACGUAAACCUGUGUCCUUCCUGUUUCCGUGCGUUAAGCAUUUCCCUCUUUUUGUUCCAGUUUAACAUUUAAGGACUGAUCAUGUUUUGUUUAAUGUGUGUGAGCGACGAUGAGACAUAUUAUGAUCCUGAAAAGGGGGGAGGGGGGUGGGGGUGGGCGGGCUUUACUGGGAGAACGAUAUUUAAUCUGGUUUUUCGUGUUGUAAGUAGGGUGUCGUUUCAGAUAUACUGUUACUUGUAUGUUAUGGUUCAAGAAGACAUUUCUUUAGGUGACAAAUGAAAAUACUCAAGUGCAUGCUUGUUAUGCAACGUGAAGCGACGAAGGCGUGUUUUUGUAAUGGAAAUGUUUGCAUUUUGGAUAAUUUGAAUACAGGGUUUUUGACCUGUGUUUCUUCUGGAGCCCCAAAAUAAUAUCCCCUCCCUCUCUUCCUCCUGUACAGAUCGGCCCAGAUUUCACUUAUAAAAAUAUCUCUGGCCUUAACAUGUUUACCUUGCAAAAUAAGGGCUAUUAAACACAGACAAAAAAAAACGCAUCGGUAUUUGUGCUGUCUUUGCAUUUCUUUCCUGUCCACGAAGUUGAGGUGCAGCCAUUGUUUCGAGAGGUUUUUUUUUCUGCUAAGACGGUGACUCUCAGCCCCAGGUGUCUCUGAGGUCAUGACCCUUUUACCUCGUUACACUUCUGCCCCGUUUACCCCUCUCACAUGUCAGAUGCGCUGGGUGCUGUCCCCUGGGUUAAAACGCAGUUGGAGUCAGUGGGGUCUUUGCCAUGUGGCUUUGACCGCUUGUGCACUGUUUACCCAGUGCACAAGUUUAGUCCUUAAGAAAGGACUAAAGUUUAGUCCUUUUUUUUUUUUUUCCCAGGUGCAGAUUGAAACAUACAUAUACUAUGUGCGUGUGUGUGUGCGCACGUGUAUUAAAUGAGUGUGAGUGUCUGUGCGUGUGUAUUAAAUGUGUGUGCGCAUGCCCGCGUGCAUGCAUGUCUGUGUGUGGGUGGUUUGUGUGUGCUUGUGUAUUAAAUGAGUGUGUGCAUGUGUGUGUGUGUGUAUGUGUGUAUGCAUGCCUGUGUGCAUGCAUGUCUGUGUGUGGGUGGUUUGUGUGUGCUUGUGUAUUAAAUGAGUGUGUGCAUGUGUGUGUGUGUAUGUGUGUGCGCAUGCCUGUGUGCAUGCAUGUCUGUGUGUGGGUGGUUUGUGUGUGCUUGUGUAUUAAAUGAGUGUGUGCAUGUGUGUGUGUGUGUGUAUGCGUGUGCACAUGCCUGUGUGCAUGCAUGUCUGUGUGUAGGUGGUUUGUGUGUGCUUGUGUAUUAAAUGAGUGUGUGCAUGUGUGUGUGUGUGUGUAUGCGUGUGCACAUGCCUGUGUGCAUGCAUGUCUGUGUGUAGGUGGUUUGUGUGUGCUUGUGUAUUAAAUGAGUGUGUGUGCAUGUGUGUGUGUAUGCGUGUGCGCGUGCCUGUGUGCAUGCAUGUCUGUGUGUAGGUGGUUUGUGUGUGCUUGUGUAUUAAAUGAGUGUGUGUGCAUGUGUGUGUGUAUGCGUGUGCGCGUGCCUGUGUGCAUGCAUGUCUGUGUGUAGGUGGUUUGUGUGUGCAUGUUUGUGUACAACACAUGCAGCCGCAGAUAGGAUUCACUGUCAACGCUGCAGAAUUUAUCAUCAGCUUCCUGAACUUUAACUUGUGGUGUUAGCACAGAAGAGAUUUAAAGAGCCGCGACUUCAAAUAAAAUAGUGUCAAGGAUUU